AUGGCUCUUUCCCCUCCUCCCACUCCUCUCUCCCUCCUUCACGGAAUGAAGGGAAAAGACCUUAGCACAAUACCCAUUCCAGAUAUCAAACAAGACUUGGAGAGAAUCAAGGCCUUUUUGGACGAUUUCCUUAAAUGGGUUGGUGACUAUCUUAACAACCUCACUUCUCUUUAUGCAGCCGCCACUCGUGAAAAGAAGGCCCUGAUAAAUGAGUUCUUGGAUUUGGUGGAGCAAUAUUGCGAUAAAACACUCCCAGCCCUUUACGGAAUCAUUGAUCAAAUCCGAGUUUUGAUGAAUUACUAUGAGUACAUCUUCAAAAUCUUCAUUGGUGAAGCCGAUAAAAUUAUUUUGGCCUUAGAACGCCUGCUCAACGAGGUCCUGCCUUUACAGGAAGCUCAUGAAGCUGCCAUUAAGGGCUUUGUAGGCAUUUCUCUCAAGGCAGAACAACAUGCUGAAAAAUGGACGAGAGCCUUCGAUGACCACACUAAGAUUGCCGAGAAAUGCGAAGAUGUCGGAGUUACCGGGCUGGGAAUUACUGCCGCUAGCCUAGGAAUUACUUUCGCUGGUUGGGCCGCCUAUACCCUUGCAACUAUAUCCUUUCCGCCUUUGGCCCUCGUUACAGGGGCGACCCAAGCUUUUUUCCUUGCAGGUGCGACCCAAGCUGCUGCCACUGCAGGCACGACCCAAGCUGCUUUACUUACAAUGAUGACCAAUGCUGCUGCCCUCACAGGAGCGACCAAUGCUGCUGUCCUUGCAGGGGCGACCAAUGCUACUCUCCUUACAGGGGUUAAAGCUGCUGCCGUUUCAGCGGUGGCCACUGGCGCUGGGGGUAUUUGCUCUUUGUCGGUAGCCGCUCAUAACUCUAACAAGGCUAAGGCCUAUUUCUUGGGAGCCACCCAUAUGCUGGAUCUGGUCAAUUGUUGCGAGAACCUCAUCGGACCCAUUGUUAAAAUUAAGGGGGAGUUCAAUGACUGUAAGGAUUCACUAGAACAGAUGAAGGACCAGAGUAUACUGAUCGCUUUUGGCAAGUAUCCAGAGGGAAACCGGAGAGAACAAUACAAGACCGCAAAAGGCAUGGCAAUACAGAUGAAAGAACUCUGUAAGACCAUAGCAGCUGGUGCGGAUCAGGUUACCGCGCUCAGAAUGUCAGCUGAGUUAAGGAAGAAAUCCCUUGGUAUGGCGAAAUAG